CAGAGGUCCGGGCGCGUGCGGGGUUGGAACCGGCGCCUGCUCGUUUUAGAUGAACCUCUAUGUAGAGAUAGUUUUAAUAGACGAGGAUCCGGAGAUCCACCGAGUGACAGGUGUCGAUAGUGACAAGGCUGGGGCUCGCACCAUCACCCUCGUACAAGCCUGGGCUCCCUUUGCGGUGGAGAGGACAUUCCUGAGGGUCGCUCCAGAAAUGGCCAAGGACCCGGGGAGCAUCUCUCUUUCCAAAAGGAUGCUUCAGUGCGGGUUGGGGAGUCGGACGCCCUGGACCACUAGUGCAGCGGGCAGUUGGCUAACUUCACAGGGGCCAGUGCACAGUAUGUUUGUGUUGGGAGGCAAGACAGGUGCCUCAAGGCCUCUUUAGGAAGGCAACCUCCCGACUUCUAGUAAAUUACCCGGAGCCCUAUCGUUCUCAAAUAUUGGAUUAUCUCUUUAAGCCAAACUUCGGUGCCUCUUUGCAUAUUCUAAAAGUGGAGAUAGGUGGUGAUGGGCAGACUACAGAUGGUACUGAACCCUCCCACAUGCACUAUGCAUUAGAUGAGAAUUAUUUCCGAGGAUAUGAGUGGUGGUUAAUGAAGGAAGCUAAGAAGCGGAACCCUAAUAUUAUACUCAUGGGGUUGCCAUGGUCAUUCCCUGGAUGGCUGGGGAAAGGUUUCAACUGGCCUUAUGUAAAUCUUCAGCUGACUGCCUACUACGUCAUGACCUGGAUUGUGGGCGCCAAGCAUUAUCAUGAUUUGGACAUUGAUUAUAUUGGGAUUUGGAAUGAGAGGUCAUUUGACAUCAAUUAUAUCAAGGUGUUAAGAAGGAUGCUGAACUAUCAAGGUCUCCAUCGAGUGAAAAUCAUAGCAAGUGACAAUCUCUGGGAACCCAUUUCUGCUUCUAUGUUGCUCGACACUGAGCUCUUGAAUGUGAUUGAUGUUAUAGGAGCUCAUUAUCCUGGGACCCGAACGGUGAGGGAUGCGAGGUUGACCAAGAAGAAGCUUUGGUCUUCUGAGGAUUUUAGCACUUUAAAUAAUGAUGUGGGUGCAGGCUGCUUGGGUCGCAUAUUGAAUCAGAAUUACAUCAAUGGCUACAUGACUGCCACAAUUGCUUGGAAUUUGGUGGCGAGUUACUAUGAACAGUUGCCUUAUGGACGAUGUGGGUUGAUGACUGCUCAGGAGCCGUGGAGCGGGCACUAUGCUGUAGAACCCCCCAUCUGGGUCGCAGCCCAUACCACUCAGUUUACUCAGCCAGGUUGGUAUUACCUGAAGACAGUUGGUCACUUAGAGAAAGGAGGAAGCUACGUGGCUCUGACUGAUGGCUUAGGUAACCUCACCAUCAUCGUUGAAACUAUGAGCCAUAAACAUUCUAGGUGUAUACGGCCGUUUCUGCCUUAUUUCAAUGUGUCGCACCAGUUUGCUACCUUCCUUCUAAAGGGCUCUUUUAGUGAAAUACCAGAGCUACAGGUGUGGUAUACCAGACUUGGAAAACCAUCUAAGAGAUUUCUUUUUAAACAACUGGAUUCUCUAUGGCUUCUCGACAGCGGUGGCGCUUUCACGCUGGAGCUGCAGGAAGACGAGCUCUUCACCCUCACCACUCUCACCACCGGGGGCAAGGGCAGCUGCCCGCCGCCUCCAGAGUCCCAGCCUUUCCCGCAGGUGUAUGAUGAUGAUUUCGAUGUUGAUUACCCGUUUUUUAGUGAAGCUCCGAAUUUUGCAGAUCAGACUGGUGUCUUUGAAUACUUUACGAAUAUCGAAGACCCUGGAGAGCAUCGCUUCACGCUGCGCCAAGUUCUCAAUCAGCGGCCCAUUACCUGGGCCGCUGAUGCGUACAACACUAUCAGUGUUAUAGGAGAUUACAAAUGGUCCAACCUGACUGUGAGGUGUGAUGUUUACAUAGAGACUCCUGAGAAGGGAGGCGUGUUCAUUGCGGGAAGAGUAAAUAAAGGUGGUAUCUUGAUUAGAAGCGCUAGAGGAGUUUUCUUCUGGAUUUUUGCAAAUGGAACCUACAAAGUUACAGGUGACCUAGCUGGAUGGAUCAUAUAUGCUUUAGGACAUGUUGACGUUACAGCGAAAAGAUGGUAUACGCUCACAUUAAUUAUUAAGGGCCGUUUCUCCUCUGGCACGUUGAAUGGCAAGUCUGUCUGGAAGAAUAUCCCUGUGAGUUUCCCGAAGAAUGGCUGGGCCGCGAUUGGAACUCACUCUUUUGAAUUUGCACAGUUUGACAACUUUCAUGUGGAAGCCACAAGCUAAUAUUCACAGAGCACCGUAGAACACUCCUUGGAUUUUCUUUCUUUCUUUUUGGUUUUGGUUCAGAGCCAAUUCUUGCCUUGAUGGAUCAAUACAUGAGCCUCUCAGAGACUAAAAAUAGUGAAGAGUAAGUGGGGAGAGAAAUAUAUUUUUGCUUGAUCUUCUGGAAGAUAUUUUUAAAACUAAUGCCGAGGGGAAACACGUGAAUCUGUAACAUUACCCGAUAUGGCCCCUAAAGUUCAAGCUGUACAGGGGUCCUGUUGUUAGGGGUGGUUUGGGUGGUUCACACCUUGAAGCCUUGGCUUUAAUGCUGAGCUCGCUUUCUUCAUCUUGUGUGCAAGGGCUCGUGCAGAGGGCAGUGACUUGAUCUUCACAGAGGUGGACUGUGUGUCUGACUGAGCUGAGGGCCUCGUCUGGAGGUAAUGCCGCCCCAGAGGGAGCUGAAGAACACUGGAAGUGCUGCUUUUUGAAAACCACUUCAACAUGUUAAUCUUACACUCUAUAAAGAGUAUUUUUUCUUUUCCUUUUUACAAUGAUGCUUUUGAAUGAUAGAUGAGUGGAUGAUUUGAAAAAUGCCUCAUUAAUAAACUACCUCUAAAGCUACUUCUGCAGUAAUAAAUAUGAGCAGAUUAAUUGGGUUAUCUGCAGUUUUUAAGUCUUUUAGAUCCAGCUUUUAGUCGUGUAACCCAUAAAACUCUCUGAGAACAUCUUCCCAGGUGGCUGGAAGGAAGAAGAGAAUCCCACCUAGCCAGUGCUGCACGUGGCUCUCAAGAUGUAGCAGUUUUCUUGUGUCUUAUCUCAUUGUGCCUUUCGUGGUCUGUCUUGUGUGUCACUGAUGACAGACUAAAACAGCUAACAAAUUAUUUUGUCUUUGCUCUCGGAAGAAGGGGAACACUAAGCUUCUGCUGGUACAUAGAAUUGGAUCAUUCUCUAAUAUUGUGUGAUUCGAUGCAUUUAUUUCAUUAAAGUACAAAUGUGUUUGUAUUUAAGUAUGGGGAGCAUAUUUCUCAUGCAGUGUAAUUGAUAUCUAAGCAUUAAUAGACAUCCUAGAAACAACUCACAUCAUUCAUGUCGAUAAAGUAAAUUCUGGAAUUCUUUAUAAUGAAAGUUCAGAGCUUCACUGGACUAAUUGUGCAAUUUUGGAAUUUGUAAUAGUUCAACAUAGGUGAAAUUAACAAAGUUGUGUAUUUCUAUUAUAAUAAGACAAGAAGGUAAAUAUUAGAAUAAAUCAGGUUACAGAGAAAAAUUUUAAAUUAAAACCAAGUCUUAAGUGAUUUCCAUUCCGGUCUCUACGUAUGUUUUUAAGUUAACUUUAUUGUGGCAGAAUUCACAUACGAUAAAAUGUUCUCAUUUUAAGUGUACAGUUCAGUGAGCCUUGGUAGGUGGAAAUACCCACAAAACCAACACCCCAACUAAGAUGUGGAACAUUUCUGUUACCCCCAGAAAGUUCUCAUGUGCACCUAUCGUAAUUUCCUCUCACCCGCACCCGUCUCAGGCAACCAUCGAUCUGACUUCUAUUGAUGCUGAUAAAUUUUCCUUGUUCUAAAACGUUAUAAAAGUGGCAUCAUCCACUAUGUAGUCCUGGCUGAAUGGUUUCUUUCAUUCAGCAGAAUGCCUUGAGAUUUGUCUAUGUUGCUGUUUAUAUCGACGGUUUGCUCCUUAUGUCAAAGAAUAUUCCACUGUAUGGUUCUGCGACCGUUUGUCAUCCCCUUCUCCCACUUUCUGGUGUUGCAAAUAAACCUGUCACGAACAUUUGUGUACGA